AUAGAUACAAAUUCAAUUUAAAGUUAAUCCUGUACGUAGGAAACUGUAGAAUUAUCCUAAAGUAAACUUGUGGUUAAUUUAUAUAUACUGUUAUCGUUAAUUUAUAUACUUACCAGCCAUUUGUUAUUAUGUUACCUGUAAUUAGCUUGGAAAGAAUUGUUUAAUGGUAUCAAGUCGACCAGAAAAUGCAUUAAAUUAUUCAAUAUUAAUUAUUCGUCUGUUUAAAAUGUGGAGAGGAAUUAAAACUUUUCAGUUUAUAUAAAUUUAUAUUUAUAUUUUUCUGCACAGUUAUAAAAUAUUGUCCAUUUUAAAGUUCUACAAGAAAAAUUUCUACUGGUUUUCGAGAUGUUUAUCGUUGGCCUUACUGGAGGUUUAGCUACAGGGAAAAGCACCGUUUUAGCUAUAUUUCGAGACAAUGGUAUAGCAGUCAUAGACGCCGACGAGGUUGCUAAAAAAGUUCUGGAACCUGGGACAAAGGCUUGGAAAGAAUUGAGAAAAUACUUUGGUGAUGAAGUUUUAUAUCGGGAUGGUAAAGUCAAUCGUGUUAGAUUAGGGGAAAUAGUGUUUGAUAAUAUAGAAAAGAGACGUAAACUAAAUGCGAUCACCCAUCCUCGAAUACAGAGUGCUAUGAUGAAGAUGGCUGUAACAUACUUUUUUUCUGGUCAUAGAUAUAUUGUCAUGGAAGUGCCACUGUUAUUUGAAACGGGCAAAAUGUUGACUUUCAUGCAUAAGAUUAUUACUGUUGUUUGUGAGGACCAUCAGCAGUUAGAGAGAUUAUGCAAGCGCAGUGAUUUUACUGAAGUGGUCGCAAAGAAAAGGAUAAACUGCCAAAUGCCUCUUGAGCAAAAAGUUGCAAAGUCUGAUUUCGUAAUAGAUAACUCUGGAGACAUGUUAAACACCAGAUAUCAAACCGAGAGUAUUAUUAGAGUGCUUAAGAGAUCAAAAUUUACAUGGUACUUCCGAGCUUUAUUUUAUAUUGGAUUUUUAUCAUUAUUAUUUGGUGUGGCUCAUAUAGUAAGCAAUUUUAUAUAUAGUGAAGAAUAAGGACAUUAUGCAUACUUCAUAGAGUUAUAAGAAUUAUUUUAUUUAUAUCAUCAACUAGCUACUUGCUCCGACUUUGCACGGGUACACAUGUAUUAUACAUAUAAACCUUCCUCUUGAAUCACUCUAUCUAUUAAAAAAAAAACCGCAAUAAAAUCCGUUGUGUAGUUUUAAAGAUUUAAGCAUACAUAGGGACGGACAGACAGCGAAAGUUACUUUGUUUUAUACUAUGUAAUAAUGAUGAACAAAACAAAAUUUCAAACUAGCUGUUACCAUUACGAACUUAUGCAAGUUAAUUUUUUUUUAUUGAAAUAAGUAUAGUUUCUAAAAUAACAGGAACUUAAAUUGCUCCUUAUAUGGAUGAUAACCAAUGUUUAGGUAUCUACGAGUAUAAUCCAGUUAAAAUCGGUUCAGAGAUUAGCCAGAACACAUAGACUGACAAAACUUUUUUAAAUUAUGGCUUGAUGUACUGCAUAAUAAUUACUAAAUGUAUAAUAUAAAUUUAGUAAGAAGAUGUUAAUUUAACAUUACAAACUUAAAUUUUUGUAGCACAACACUACAAGUGCUGGGUGUCUUUCACUUUACACGAAUUGUUUAAAUAUUGAUAUUUAAAAUGAGAUAUUAUAAUCAAAAUUUCACACUAAAUACACUUAUUAAUGUAAUAAUUUAAAAAAAUGCAUUAAUUAUAAAUUACUGUAUAUAAAUAGUCACUUAAACAUUUCAUUGGUCGGUCGGUCGUUAAUUAAUAUCAAAGUUAUAGGUACUAUUAUUAAAUUUAUUCACAUUUAGCAGAAUUUAUAUAUAAUAAUGAAAAUGACUUAUUUGUUUUGUACUCAUCAUUUGAACUACUUUAAUAUGUUUAGUUAUUAUGACGGUAUACAUUAUAAUAACCAGAGGAAUAUAUUAAUACAAUAUAAAAAAAGUGUACGAUUAUAUCUA